AUGCAACCACAACAUCAACCACCACGCCUUCCUUUUUCAUUCUUUCCUCCAUCUCCUUAUUUUUCACCACCAUUUUUCAAUCCAAUGCUACCACCACCACUGAUUCCAACAUCUCACUUUUUGCCACAGCCACAACAACAAACGUUUUCAACGUCGUCAUCAUCGUCAAGACAAACAAUAAUUAAUGAUGGGAUGAAAACAUUGAGGGAUAUAAAAGUAUCAAGUGAUCAAACACUACAAAAAACGGAAGAGGAUGAUAUCAAAUGGGUAGAAAAAUGGUUGAAAUCGAAGGAACAGGCUCAACCAAAUCAUUUGACAAUAUUUGAUUAUCGACAACAAUUGUUGUCAUACGUGAAGUUAUUGAAUGAAUUAGACAAUGAAUUAACAAAUGGACAGUCGCUUGAGAAAUGUCAAACAAUAAAAUGUAAUAUUGAACAGAUAUCGUCGUCUAUUUACAACGAAACUACUGUCAAACAAGUGAAACAUCAGUUGAAUAAACGUCGUAAGAAACGUCAACGAUCGAAAAACAACAAAGUCAAACGGUUAUUAUUGAAAGAAAAAACGUUCAAUGAACAGUCAAACAAUGAAAAAACAAUUGAUCAAUGGCUAUUAACAGUCAAAAAUUCAAUUGAAAAAGAAAAACUAGAAGCGACUCUGAAACAAACAAUUGAUAAUGGUUUAAUAGAAAUACGAAAAAAAAUAUUCGACAUAAAAACCGCCAAACAAACAAUUGAACAAAUUCAGCGAUUGAAAAAUAUACGACGUCAACAUCGAAAAGAUACAACAGUCCGAAUAACUGAAGACGAAAAACUAGAUGAAAUGUGUCGAUUGUGCGAUGAAAGAAUGGUUACAUAUGAAAAUGAAGAAAAACAAAGUCGAUUAAUAUUGGAAGCAGAAUCACAUCAAAAAGUAAAUGAAAAUCAUAAACAAAUAUGCGAUUAUUUAUUCAAUAAUAAUGGAAAAUUUUAUUUUGAAAGCGAUGAAGAAGAUCCCUAUUAUCUUUAUUUUAUUCAAGCACAUAAAAAUAAAGUAAAUCUACUACAAAUUAGAAAUCAUUGGGAUCAAUAUUCAACAGAAAAUGUUUUUAUUCAAUCGAAUUCAUUACCACCGGAAUCUGUAUUAUCAAAAUGGAUUAUGCCACAAUUCUCGUCUGAUACACAGUGGAACGAAUAUAUAUGGACGUCGUCCUAA